AACUCUGCCCCUUUUACGCCCGCCCACUCACUUCCGCUCCACUUCCCUCCCCAUCCCGCAACUUCCUUUCCCUCGACGGCAUCUCCUUCCGGGUUCGUUUGCCGCGCGGUGCAUUGUGGAGAGAAAUCUCUUUCCCUCCCCCCUUCAACCCACCGAGCCCCCUUGGGGCGCAUGCGCAGUAGCAGCCUCCCAUCUUUCUCCCAGGCAGAGCCAGAGCCUCAGCAGCAGCAGCAGCUGAUGAUGAAGAGAGAGGGGGAGACUGGGGGACCUUUUAUUUAUAUUGUUAAAGGGACAGAGCACUAAUUCCAUCUUGAAUUGGUGUGUGGGGAGGGGGAGGGGGUUGGUGUGAGGAGCCUGAGUUUCUCCCCCUAGCCCAGCCCAGCUAGAGGAUCCCAGGGAGACACAGGGAGAGAAGGAGAGUUUCUUCCCCCCCUUGGCCGUCAGAGGAGAGAGAAAGAGACCAAAAGCCUCUUAGCAACACAGUCCCUUCUCUCUCUUUGCUAAUGCUGCUUGGCCCUGGCUGGAGACACCUCACCACACACACACACACACAGGAGCAGCAGCCAGUUCACCAGCUCCCCCACCCCCUGCUCUCCCCUCCUCCCCCUUUAUUACCCUUUGUGUGUGUCUCUUUCUCCACUGCUCCAGGGAAGGGAAUAAAAGUGGGGUGCAGCCAAGGUCGUGCUGGAGAAUGUUGGUUUUUGGAUAUAUAAGUGUUGAAGAACAUAGUGUUUACAGACAAAAUCCUUAAAAUCUGGGUUUUUAGACAUCAAAGGAUUCAUCUGUUGCUCUAUUGCCUGUGCUGUUUUGAAAACUACUCACUUCCAGCAUGAAGGACUCCCAGGAAGAAGAGGUGUCAUCUCAGUAAAAAAGACAAGGAAAUAUAGAGGCCUCUUGGAGCAUUAUAACACUAAUUCUCUGCAAGGGUUCAGUGAACUUCCCAAGGUUGGUGGAUUUUUCCACCAGUCUACCUAAUCUUAGAUGUAACUUGGGGUGCAAAGAGUUCCACAGAUGAGGGGUAUAAUAAGAAAAGGACCUAGCCCCAGUGACCUUGGUCCAUAGCCAAACUACAGACAGGAGAGUCUCUGAAGCAAAGUUGAAUGUGCACCCAGAAAUUUAAGAAACCAAAAGGUCCCUAAGGUAACUAGAAGCAAGGCCAUGAAGAGCAUUAUAACUUAGAAUGAACAGGAUGAACAUACCCACCUUAUGUGUAAUCCUUAGCAAGGAAAAAGGUUGUUUUAUUGGAAUUGUGAAGUCAUGAAAGAAUCACAGGAAGAUACCCGCAGCACCUUGGAUAAUGAGUGGAAGAUAAAGAGAAAGCAAAAAGAAUGUGGCAUAUAAAGGGUGUAAUACCUGGAGGUAUUAACUCUGACUCAUAUCUGUAAAAAUGAGACUAGCUCUCACAAAAUACAAGUUAUCUUAGACAGUCAUCAAGCUUGGAGUCAUGCUGUCAAGCUAAGAAAUUCACUCCCCCCUCCCCUUUCUGACAGAGUCAUAAGCAGAAACAGAAAAAUGAAUGGCGGAAAGGAGUGUGACGGAGGGGACAAAGAUGGAGGUCCGCCAGCAGUACAAGUUCCAGUUGGCUGGCAACGUCGAGUGGAUCAAAAUGGAGUGCUCUAUAUCAGUCCCAGUGGGUCUUUAUUAUCCUGCUUGGAGCAGGUUAAGACAUACCUGCUGACUGAUGGAACCUGCAAAUGUGGCUUGGAAUGUCCUCUUAUUCUUCCCAAGGUAUUUAAUUUUGAUCCUGGAGCUGCUGUGAAACAGAGAACUGCUGAAGAUGUUAAAGCAGAUGAAGAUGUCACUAAGCUAUGCAUCCAUAAACGGAAAAUUAUUGCUGUGGCUACACUUCAUAAAAGCAUGGAAGCUCCGCAUCCUUCACUGGUUCUUACUAGUCCUGGGGGUGGAACAAGUGCAACUCCAGUAGUACCUUCUCGAGCAGCAACUCCAAGAUCAAUGAGGAAUAAAUCACAUGAAGGAAUUACAAAUUCUGUGAUCCCAGAAUGUAAAACGCCUUUCAAGUUAAUGAUAGGGGCAUCUAAUGCCAUGGGUAGGCUUUAUGUACAAGAAGUGACUGGAAGCCAGCAACAAGAUCUCCAUUCUAUCUAUCCUAGGCAGAGAUUGGGCAGUAAUGAUCAUGGACAGAAGUCUCCAUAUCGUGGCAGUCAUGGUGGAAUGCCUAGUCCAGCUUCAUCAGGAUCACAGAUAUAUGGAGAUGGCUCAAUCUCUCCUAGGACUGAUCCACUUGGAAGCCCUGAUGUUUUCACAAGGAACAAUUCCAAUUUUCAUGGAGCACCCAACUCUAGUCCUGUUCACAUGAACAGGACUCCUUUAUCUCCACCUUCAGUAAUGCUACAUGGUUCUCCAGUUCAAUCAUCCUGUGCAAUGGCUGGAAGGACUAAUAUACCUCUUUCCCCAACCUUGACCACAAAAAGCCCAGUAAUGAAAAAACCCAUGUGUAAUUUUUCAGCUAGUAUGGAACUACCACGAGCAAUGUUUCACCAUAAACCACCCCAAGGCCCACCUCCACCUCCUCCUCCACCUUCUUGUGCUCUUCAGAAAAAGCCAUUAACAUCAGAGAAGGAUCCACUUGGCAUUCUUGACCCUAUUCCUAGCAAGCCAGUUAAUCAGAAUCCUGUUAUCAUUAACCCAACUACUUUCCAUUCUAAUGUCCAUUCUCAGGUACCUGUAAUGAAUGUAAGCAUGCCUCCUGCUGUUGUCCCUUUGCCAAGCAAUCUCCCUUUGCCAACUGUAAAACCUGGUCACAUGAACCAUGGAAGUCAUGUACAAAGAGUUCAGCAUUCAGCUUCAACCUCCCUCUCUCCUUCACCAGUGACAUCCCCAGUUCAUAUGAUGGCAUCUGGGAUUGGAAGGAUUGAGGCAUCUCCCCAAAGAUCACGUUCAUCUUCCACAUCAUCAGAUCAUGGGAAUUUCAUGCUGCCUCCAGUAGGACCACAAUCAUCUUGUAGUGGUAUUAAAGUUCCUCCCAGGUCACCAAGAUCAACAAUAGGGUCUCCAAGACCAUCUAUGCCAUCAAGCCCUUCCACCAAGCCUGAUGGACUUCAUCAGUACAAGGACAUCCCUAACCCAAUAAUUGCUGGAAUGAGUAAUGUACUAAAUCCUCCAAGCAAUGCAGUUUUUCCUACUGCAUCUGCUGGAAGUGGUCCCCUGAAGAGUCAGCCUGGUUUGCUGGGAAUGCCUUUAAAUCAGAUCUUGAAUCAGCACAAUGCUGCCUCUUUUCCAGCAAGUAGUUUACUCUCAGCAGCAGCCAAAGCACAGCUAGCAAAUCAAAAUAAACUUGCUGGUAACAACAAUAGCAGCAGUAACAAUUCUGGAGCUGUUGCCAGUGGUGGCAACAAUGAAGGACAUAGCACUUUAAACACCAUGUUUCCUCCUGCUGCCAACAUGCUUCUACCAACAAGUGAAGGGCAAAGUGGUCGAGCAGCACUACGAGAUAAACUGAUGUCUCAGCAAAAAGACCCUUUGAGGAAAAGGAAACAACCAACUACCACAGUAUUGAGUUUGCUUAGACAGUCUCAUUUGGAUAGUUCUGGAGUUCCUAAACCUGGAUCUGAUUUGAUAAGAAAGCAAAAUCAAGGUUCAUUUCCCAUCAGUUCUAUGUCUCAGUUACUUCAGUCCAUGAGUUGUCAAAGCUCUCAUAUGAGCAGCAAUAGUACCACUGGUUGUGGGAGCUCAAAUACUGUUUUGCCUUGUUCUGCUAACCAGAUGCAUUUUACAGACACCAAUAUGAACUCUGGCACUCUUCAGAAUUCAUUGACACAGAGCUUACCUUUAAGAGGGGAAGGUAUGCACUGCCAGAAUGCAAACACUAACUUUGUCCAUGGUACUAGUCCAGGCCCAAACAACCACCUUGCAGGCUUAAUAAAUCAGAUGCAGGCUAGUGGGAACUGUGGGGUGCUCAAUCAGUCAGGAAUGGCUUUAGGAAAUUCAUUACAUCUGAACCCACCUCAGUCAAGAAUCCACGCAUCCUCCACUCCACUGAUACCAAACAGCAUUGUUAGCAGCUGUAAUCAAACAAGUCCUCAAGCAGGGGGUUCAGGACCAUCAUCUUCCAUAGCCAUAGCUGGAACCAGCCAACCUGCCAUCACAAAGACAACAUCCGUUCUUCAAGAUGGUGUUAUAGUCACUACUGCAGCUGGAAACCCACUUCCGAGCCAGCUGCCCAUUGGGAGUGAUUUCCCUUUUGUUGGCCACGAACACACACUUCACUUUCCACAGAACUGCUCUUCAAACAACAAUCUUCCGCAUUCUUUGAAUCCAAACCUUCUCAAUUCUCUACCUAUCUCUUUGCCAGUGAAUCAACAACAUCUCUUAAACCAGAAUCUAUUAAAUAUACUACAGCCUUCAGCAGGAGAAGGCAAGUCUGAGGUCAUACUCAACCCUUUAGGUUUGCUCAACCCAAGUGUAAAUGCUGCGCUAGCUUUUCUCUCCAGUGACAUGGAUGGGCAGGUAUUACAACCUGCUCAUUUUCAGCUUCUAGCAGCCCUACUUCAGAAUCAAGCCCAAGCAGCUGCCAUGCUUCCCCUACCAUCUUUCAAUUUGACCAUCUCAGAUUUGUUACAACAGCAAAAUAACCCUUUACCCUCAGUAACACAGAUGACAGCCCCACCAGACCAUUUGCCAAGCAAUCAGUCAGACAGCAACAGAGCAGAGACCCUUUUAACCAACCCCCUGGGGAACCCUAUACCAAGCUUUACAGGCACUGACACUACUUCUAACCCCUUGCUCCUCCCAGCUGUCACUGGGGCCUCAGGAUUAAUGGCCUUAAAUCCCCAGCUGUUGGGAGGUGUCCUGAACUCCGCAUCGGGCAACACUGCUAAUCAUCCAGAGAUAUCCAUAGCAACCUCCUCCCAGGCAACCACUACCACAACCACUACAUCAUCAGCAGUGACAGCACUGUCUGUCUCAACACUUGGUGGGACAGCAGUGGUGUCAAUGGCAGAAACAUUGCUGAACAUAUCUAAUAAUGCUGGGAAUACAUCUGGUCCAGCUAAACUCAACAAUAACUCUGUGGUGCCACAGCUACUUAACCCUCUACUGGGGACAGGUCUGCUUGGUGACAUGUCGUCAAUAAACACUACUUUGAAUAACCAUCAACUGACUCAUCUCCAGUCACUGUUAAACAACAAUCAGAUGUUUCCUUCAACUCAGCAGCAACAUCAGCUUCUCCAGGGGUACCAGAAUCUCCAGGGGUUUCAAGGGCAACCCACAAUUCCUGGAUCAGCUAACAACUCAAACCCCAUGGCUUGUCUGUUUCAAAAUUUUCAGGUGAGAAUGCAGGAAGAUGCUGCUCUUUUAAACAAAAGAAUGAUCACUCAAAUGGGUAUAACAUCAGUUCCUGAGAGUUCCAACACUACCCUUCCUCCUUUUCAAGAUACAUCUUGUGAUUUGCAGCAAAGGACUGAACCAACUGUAGGACAACAGGCAAAGGAUGGCCUCAGUGUAGCUGCUCAGGGUGAUUCUUCAGUCGAUGCUAUCUACAAAGCAGUCGUAGAUGCUGCAAGCAAAGGAAUGCAAGUAGUAAUCACCACUGCAGUUAGCAGUACAACACAAAUGAGUCCCAUUCCAGCUCUGAGUGCCAUGAGUGCCUUCACAGCCUCAAUUGGUGACCCAUUAAAUCUUUCUAGUGCUGUCAGUGCAGUAAUCCAUGGAAGAAACAUUGGUGUUUCUGAUCACGACGGUAGGAUAAGAAACACUAGGGGGACACGAAUACUGAAGAAUUCAGAACAUGAUAAAAAUUCAAGUGAAGGGGAUGGAUUUGAAUAUUACAAGUCAGCAGGUUGCAACACACCCAGAAAACAGUGGGAAGAGGAGCAAAAUCCUGGAGGAGAGAUAAAUAGGUGGAAGUGUGAGGAGUUUUUAGACCAUUCAACCCAUGUCCACAGCAGUCCUUGCCAUGAAAGGCCCAAUAACAUCUCCACACUGCCAUUGUUACAGGGUGAGCAGCAUCAGAUACUGUUACCACAGAGAAACUGUCAAAGUGAUAAAAUGUUGGAGGAGAAUUUCAGGUAUAACAAUUACAAAAGAACUAUGAUGAGUUUUAAAGAGAGACUGGAGAACACUGUGGAAACAUGUGCACACAUAAAUGGAAAUAGGCUUCAACAAAGUAGAGGGUUUGGAGAGUUGCUGAACACUUCUAAACAAGACCUAGUCAUGGAGGAGCAAUCUCCAAGUUCCUCAAAUAGUUUGGAAAGUUCUCUAGUUAAAGACUAUAUCCAUUAUAAUGGAGACUUUAAUGCCAAAAGCAUUAAUGGGUGCGUGCCUAGCCCUUCAGAUGCUAAAAGCAUCAGCAGUGAAGAUGACCUAAGGAAUCCAGAUUCCCCUUCUUCAAAUGAGUUGAUACAUUACAGGCCGAGGACGUUUAAUGUUGGCGACUUGGUCUGGGGCCAAAUAAAAGGACUGACUUCAUGGCCUGGAAAAUUAGUAAGAGAAGAAGAAGUUCACAAUUCAUGUCAACAAAACACUGAGGAGGGGAAGGUGGAGCCCGAGAAGUUGAAGACACUAACAGAAGGUCUGGAAGCCUACAACCGAGCCAGGAAGAGGAACAGAAAAAGCGGAAAGCUAAAUAACCAUUUAGAAGCUGCUAUACAUGAGGCCAUGAGUGAGCUGGACAAAAUGUCUGGGAAUGUACACCAAAUCCCACAGGGAGACAGACAGGUGAAGCCUCCAAAACCGAAGAGGAGGAAGAUCUCUAGAUAACAUUGAAUGUCUUUGUUACUGGUCCAGUACUUAUCAAAUUGAACAUGCACAUAAAUCAGUAUAUAGGUAUUGAUAUAGAUAUUAUAUCAAUAUUUAUAUCAAGGACAGAUAGAUACCAUCAAAGGGUGCUAUGCGAAAUAGUGGUACAAUAUUUUUGUUGAUCGUGUCGGAUAGUUAAUGCUGGAUAAACCAAUCAGAUUCCUUGAAAGAUUACAGUAAAAAUGUCAGAUGAUUACUGAAUUUUUUCUAUAAUACUAAAAUUGUGAUUAUAAAAAUAGUCCAAAUGUUUCUGAUAAAUUUUCAUUGUGUAUAUAGAUAAUACAGAAUUUCAUGGUGAUAUCUGAACUGUAAAUAUUGUACAAUAUUGUCAUGUACAAGCGUACCUAAUGCACACUUUAUCUUUUAUUGUACAAAAAAAUAGUGUACAAAAUUCUUUGGUUUCUAUUGAGUACACAUACAAGAGACUACCAGUGUAAAGUGAUAAAUAAAAAUACAGCCUAAAUGCUUUUAUAUGAUAAUGUAAAAGAUGCUGUUUUUGUAUUUAACAGCAGAGAAAAGGCAUGAUUAUGUAAUACCUUAAUUAUGACAUACACUUCACACCACUGAGUGUUCAUUUAUAUUGUCUGUUUGGAAUGAACCUUGCCUGGAAGUACUGUACUCCAUUUCAGGUCUCUGUAGGAGAGUGCAACCUUGCAGAUUCCUAAAGGGAUGUGGGAUCACAGGUCUAAUUAAGAAUUCAAAAGCUGCAACCACUGGUUGCAUUUUAUUUACUUAAGUUUUAAAGUAGAAUGCUGUAGAUUUUUUUAUUCAAAAAGAAAAAAAAAAAGCUUAGAUGGAAUAUUUUAGUCAGCCAUUUCUGUAGUUGAGGUUUCAUAGCCACCUUCUAAACUAAGCAAUUUAUACCACCAUUGAUUUUGAACUCCCCCCAAACCCUGUAUUUGUUAACCGAGGUUGUUUAACCUGAUUAAACAUACUGUUUACAUAUAUGAGGGAAUGGCCCUAUUUUGAAAAUAUGAGUGUUAAUGUUGAUUACAAUUUGAUUUUGCAAUGGAAUAAAAGGGCAUGCUCCACAGCAGUCCUAAAAAAUAUAAUAUCCCUCUUACAGUAUUAUUAAACUAGAAGUUAAAGGUGGCUUACAAAACUAUUAGCAACAGUAAUUUUAUCAGUAUUAUGUAACAUAUCAGAUUUAUUUUAUUUAAAAAGAAUUAUUUAUACCAUUAACAGAUUCUUAUAUAUUAAUGUGGCUGAAAUGUGCAGGUUAAAUCUAUUAACCAAAUUAUUUAUGUUAUAUUAAGUGAAUAAUGUGAAACAUAUGUAGAAAGGAAGUAAUACACUACAGAUAUACAAGCCUAAAGCUGUGAGCCAUUGUAAAAAUAACAAAAAGUUAAUAAGUGUAGCACAUCAUCAUUUUUUUUCAAUUUUUUCACAUUGUGGUGAUGGUACACCCCCGUUCCCAAAGUAAAUUCUCAUUUUGCCCUGCCUUGUUCCGAGAUGGAGUCCUUAAGAUGGACCUCUUCAUCUGGAAACCACCAAGUAUUUAACCUGGAAUUCCUUUUUCCCUGGAGUGGCAAAUUUGCUGCCUCUAGUUAAGACUGUUAGUAAUCAGCAUCCUCCGAGGUUGAUGACAUUGCCACUCUACUGAUAACCACCAGUUGGCACUUGUACAGUGAGUAACUAUUCCUCUCCCCAUUGACUUAUCCAGAACCCAAACUCAAUUAUCUGUGUGACGUGACUGAGAUCCACUGGCCCAGAGGAUAAAGAGAUCUGAGGACAUUUCCAAACUCAGCUUUCUUGUGCCACAGCACAUAGCACUACCACUGGGCUAACCUACUUUUUCAUGUCUCAUACAGACAGCUCUUAUUUCUUUUUCCCCCACCCCAACCUGAUGGAAUGCAAUUAGCUACACUAAGCUACAGUGGCCUGGAGGCAGGAACCCUUCCUUCUACUGGGUAGGUUCAUUUGUCUUUUGUGUAAUGGCAAGACAGACUGCCAUGGUCCUACAUGCAAACUCAUGUGAAGUGAUCUUUUGUGUAGUUUAGUUAACACUUUUUUGUUACAAGUUGAUGUUUGUUAUGUUUAAAGAGUUAAUGUUGUCCAUUUUUCGUAUCAGCCUGCUUUUCUGCUGUUUUGUCUGCACAAUGUUUUUAUUCAUAAAUACACGUGUGUGUGUGUGUGUGUGUGUGCGCGUGUGUGCGUGCGUGUGCGCGUUCGUUUAUAUUUACUUUGGUUAUUUUACCUUUUGCUUUUCUGUCCUAACACUGAGUUUGUAUUGACCAACCCUUCUUUUGGCAUUUUAACUAAUUAGGUUUGUACUUUCUCACCAAUGUAUACUUUACAUUAGUAGACUAUGUAAAGUAUUUUUGUGCACUUGAUUUCAUUGGUUAAUAAUGGCAUUGAUGUGGGUGCUAGGAGUAGUUUGUUUCAGUCCAUACAGAUUUUUUUCUCUUUUAGAGUUUUUAUGGUUUCAUGUAAGCAGUUAAUGUAAAUAUUGUGAGCAUUACAGGUCAUGCAGUGUUGUAACAUUUUAAAAAAUGUUGCACCUACUUUACAAUUAAAAAACUGGUCACUCAUACUUGAA